CUCAACUGCGUAAAUAUUUAUAGACACUCGAAUUUAUUAGCGACGAACUUCUACCAUCUACUUAGUUUAAAAAAGCAUAUAACAAGAAUUAGUAAAGCGUUUUAAUGUCCCGCCUCAGCUUCGUGUGAUAAUUAGCCAUGAUAAAGACUCUUAAUUGAAGGUAUUAAAGGAGAUAGAUCAGAUUUUUGCAAGUCUAGAAAGUGACUGCAAUUCUGUCACUCCAGCGCCAGCGCUUACUCUGGCAAAUAAAUAUUGCGUCACUAAAUUCAUUCGCUCACCCCCUCCAGUAUGUAGCGAGCAUUGUUAGAUGUAGGUCGCUACUGUCCGUAGAGUUGGGAGUAACAUGAAAUGAAGGCCACCGCGAGAAGGUCUUGGGAAUAAGUAGACUGAGCAUUAUAAAAAUCGCGGCACGCUAUAGCUAGCAUAUGGCGUCGCAAUUGAAAAUAUAGAAAUGGACCGCAGCAAUGUAGUGCCGGCGUCGUUGUUAUUAGUGUUGGCAGAAGAAUACACGGCAUCGCGUGGGCUUGCCUUUUCUAUCUCUUGCUCUGUUAUUACUUUGGGCUUUUUCUACUUCGCGCGCCUUCCACCACAGAGCAUUCAUUGGGAGAAGGAUAGGCAGACCAGGCAGAUCCUAGCAUCAACAGCGUCAGCUACAUGCUGUAUCAUAUUUUUGGCAUGUUCAUGCACUACGUACGUCACUUGUGUAUAAUGGCAGUAAUUCCGCCAGGCAUUUUCGACAGGUGAGCCCCGGAAGGCUGGUAAGGUAGGGAGCGAGAACAACGAC